CAGAAAUGAGUACCAAAGAUACUACUAAGAGAGGAAGAGGAUCAACUAGAGGCACUAGAGGCACUAGAGGUGUCACCAGAGGUACAAGAGGAGCCCCAAGAGGACAUCGUGGAGAGUCUAGCGGUCAUAGAGGAAGAGGUGGCCAUAGAGGAGCAGCUAAGAGGUCUGGUAGUAAUCGAGGAUCAAAAAGAGGAGCGAGAAGUCAUAGAGGAGCAUCCAGAGGCACAAGAAGUUUUAGAGGAGGCACCAGAGGAGCUAUUAGAGGAGGAAAAGAAGUGUAUAGAAGAGGUAGAGGAGGAACCCCAGGAGGAAGAGGGGGAUUCCGCCCAAGAGCUGAAGAGAAGAAAGGACCUAGCAUCGAAGAUAUUCCUAUUGUACCUCCAGAGGCUACUUUUGAAGAAGACAAAGUUGAAGGUGUCACAAAGAAAGGAAGCUCUCAAGACGGAUAUCCUUUUGAAGGUCUUUCAAAGAAAUCAAGCUAUACUUCGCAAGAGUAUUGUCAAGAUGAUUACGGAUAUUAUGACGAUAUCGGGUAUUUUGAUGAUUAUGGACACUACAAUGAUAUUGGAUACUUUGAUGAGCAUGGAUAUUAUGAUGAGUAUGGAUACUUUGAAUUAAAUGAAUCAGGAAUGAAGGUAUAUGUUGAGGGAAACUUGGAAGAUUCUUUUAAAGAGUAUCAAGAUAGCUCUGAAAGCUCUCAUUAUGGGAAAAAUAAAGGAAAGCAUCAUGAUAAGCAUCAUGAUAAACAUCAUGAUAAGCAUCAUGAAAAAUCCCAUGGCAAACAACACCAUGAUAAAAAUAAAGAAAAGGGUCAAGGCAAACAGAAAGAUUCUAAACAAGUUGGGAAAAAGCAGCAUCACGAUAGGUCUGAGCAUAAUACUGCUAAAUUUAAUCCAGACUUCAAAGAGACAAAGGGUCACAAGAAUCAGCCAAAUCUAUCUAAAUCAGGCAAAGAUCAUAAAAAGGAGCAUAAAUCUGACCAAUCAGAGCCAAAGAAUGCUAAAGGAAAAGGCCAGAAGCAUCCUAAGAUUCCUGUGCAUCAUGGAAAAGGACCAAAAAUGACUUUCUUGAAUAAAUACGAGUCUCCCAGCGCUUCCUUCCCUGCCCCAAUAUUUUCACAUGAUUCAACUUAUUUCCCUAAUCAUUGGGCUAGAAACAUAGAGCUGAAAGCAGAGUCAAAGGAAAAGAAGGUUCAAAAGCCAAAGAACUACGACAAAUUUGUCAGCAACUUCGAGAAGCUCACUUCAGCUACUGAGUCUACGACCCAAAAAGCUUCCCUUGAGAUGACUAAGAAAAUUUACCAAGACGUAACAAAUGGCUUGAACAGUGAAGAUCCAUACUUACUAAAAUAUGGGCUUCCACACUCUGUGAUGAAACACUCCAAAUUCAAUUCAGGCUCGAAGGACUUUGAAGCCCAUUACGAUUGGAGCACUGUUGAGAAAGGCCUUAAAAAUGGAGACUUCAUCGAAGGAGGAUUCAGAGCAAAUGAAUUCAACGGCAGGGUUGGCUAUGUCGGAGUAGAAGGCCUCGAAAAUGAUGUUAUAAUUUUAGGUGAAAAAGAUCAAAACAGAGCAAUGGAUAGAGACCUAGUCGUCCUUAAAAUGAUCGAACCUAAGUGGUGGGACCCCAUGCGUGGUAAAUCCGGAGGUCAAGACAAUGACAAACCUAUUGAACAGAUCAUUGAGGAGAAUACUCACAAAAAGGAAGAAGAAUCUAAAGAAGAAAGCAAUAAUAUUCCUACAGAUGAGAAAGAAGCUGAAGGAGAAGGCGACCAGGAAGAUGAUAAUGAGGAAGAACCUCAAGACACUACAAAUAUCCAGGAAUCUCCAGAUGAAGAGACUAAGGAAGAAGAAGUCAACAAAAAUGAAGAAGACAAGGAAGAAGAAAAGGAUGAAGGCGAAGAUUCUGAAGAACCUGUUACUGAUAAUGAUCAGACUGUACUUGAUAUCAUCAAGAAGAAGGAACAUGACAGAAAAGAGAAAAAGGGAAAGAAGGAAGAAAGACAGGAGAAUGGUUUAAGACUUCCUUCUGACAUCAAUAGUCAAGAAGACUUUGUUAACUGGGCCAACACUGUUGCAAAGGAUUAUAGACCAAGGGCCAAAGUAAUCUACAUCAAAGAAGCUGCUAGCUUUGACAAAGACUUAGUUAUGAUCUUAAGAGUAGGAGAAAAGAAAUGGCUGAAUGAUGUGAAAAAGGCUAAACAAGAAGAAAAAGUUAAAAUGGUUGAGAAAGCAAAGAAAGACUUAAAAGGAACAUUCAGAAGACUAAAACUCUUAGCCGUUCCUAUCAACAAGAAAUUGAAAUGGGCAAUGAUUGAUAGCAUCCCUGAAGAUUUUUGGACUGAUAUCUUAAAGGGAGAUGACCCUUGUAAAAGAUAUUACUUAAGUAGACUCAUUUCUUGGAAACCCUCUGCCUUCAAUCCAAAGUGUAACAUAAUCUCCAGUCUCGGAAGUGCAGGAGAUAUUGGGGCAGAGACCAUGAGAAUUUUAAAGCAAUAUGAUCUCUUCGAAGCUGAAUAUCCUGAAGUUGUCCUUAACUCGUUGAAAAAGUACGAAGCUGACAUUAAUGAAGAGACUAAGGAAUGGAAAAUCCCUAAAGAGGAAUUCAAGAAAAGAGUAGAUCUCAGAGAAACUAGGAUUUUCACAAUCGAUCCAGCAUCUGCUAAAGACUUAGAUGACGCACUGAGUAUCUCAAAGAUAGAAGAUGAUGUAUAUGAGGUCGGUGUCCAUAUUGCUGAUGUCAGCUACUUUGUUGAGCAAGGAACUGAUUUAGACAAAGAAGCGAGGAGUAGAGCUACAAGUGUAUACUUCGUCCAUUUAGUUAUUCCAAUGCUCCCAAGACUGCUAUGCGAGAACUUAUGAUCUCUAAACCAGAAAGUUGAGAGACUUGCUUACUCUAUCUUCUUCAGACUCAGAAAAGAUGGAAGUAUCAUCAGAGAGUUUGAACCAAGAAUUCAUAGAUCAGUGAUUAGGUCUUGUGCUAAGUGGAACUAUGACUUGGUUCAAGAUAUUCUUGAUAAGAAGAUCACAAAAAUGGAGGAGAUUGAUGAAGAGCUUAGACCUGAAAAUUACACAUUUGAAGAAAUGGCUGACGACUGCUUCUUAUUCAAUGAAAUCGCUCAUAACAGGAGGAAAUGGAGGUUUGAUACAGGUUCAAUUUCAGUGGAAAAUCCAGAGUACUACUUCCAACUUGAUGAAAAUAAUCAGCCAAUGCAAUUCAAUGAAUCAAAGAAAAUUGAAAGUAAAGAGCUUAUUGAAGAAUACAUGCUUUUGGCAAACAUGCUUGUUUCUGAAUAUCUUGUCAAAUUUUGUAAAGAUAAAGCUGUGCUUAGGACUCAGCUCCCUCCUAAGGAAGAAAAAGUUGAAGAUAUGAUUGAGUACUUCGUAAAAGUAGGUGCUGAUGUCGAUUUGAAAUCCUCCCUUACAACUCAGAAAAGCUUUGAAAAACUAAAGGCAGGAGACAACACAGCACUAUACUAUUGUUGCAUGAGGAAAUAUUUCAGCAACAUCAGAGAAGCAAAUUAUGUCACAAGAGAAGAUAAAGAUCCUUUGGAAGUGCGUCACUAUUCACUUAACUUCGAUCUGUACAGUCAUUUCACUUCUCCGAUCCGUAGAUAUCCAGAUUUGCUUGUACAUAGACAGCUGACUCUUGCCCUGGCACAUCAAGAAGAGACUAGGGAAAUUAUUGAUGGAAUUGAUUACAAGAAAUAUGUAGAGUACUGUUCUGACAGAUAUCUGACUGCCAAAUAUGCUUCCUCAACAUGUACAAAGCUCUAUCACUGUAUUUUCUUGAAGAACACUCAGACUAAGGAAGGAGUGGAUGCUUACGUAUAUGAUAUGACCAUGAAAUCAAUUUCCUUCUAUAUCGCUUCUAUCAACGUGAAUUAUAAGAUGGAUAUUAGAAAAGAUCCCAGAAUCUCCUCUUCUCACGUCGAGGACAACUUCACUGCAUAUCUUCUCUUUAAGAAAGAAGGUGAGGAUGAUGAGAAUGCUCAGCCUGAAGAACUCGACAUUGAGGAUGGCAAGAUCGAAGAAGACGAAAGUCUUAAGGACAGACUCGUGAAGAUCAAGAUACUUGAUAGAGUCAAAUUAGUUGUAGGCACAACUAAUGAAAUCCCAAUCGAUCUGAAGUGUCUCAUUUAUAGAGAUGACUCCGACUUUGAUCUGGUUAAAAAUGAAGAAGACCAGAAACUCGCUGAAGGCGAAGGCGAAUAAGUCAAUUGAUAACUUAUAGCCUUCCAAUUGGUUAAAAUAUGGCUUAAGUUUCAAUCCUA